UUGGAGAUAAAUCUGCCCCUGUGAGCAGCUGUGGUGAGGCGGGGGAGUUCCAGGUUGGCGGGGAAACCCCUUCGGCGAGAGGGAUCGGUUUGAUAGCUACACUGAAUCUUUGACUGUGGUCUCCUUUAAAUUGCGACACUGAAAACAAUGGCAACAGAAUGUAUAAAAAACUGCUGUAAAUGGUGUUUCUGCAUGGAAAAAGAAAAAAAUGAUUCAGUUUCCAUGGUGCAGGAAUCUGAAGCAGUAGCUGCAAGCAAGCCAACUAUUGUAGAGAAGCCUCCAUUGUCUUCUGUGUCAGUGAAGCGUCAAGUUGGCUGUUCAGAGGAUUAUCUGCUUUCUAAACUGCCCCUAGAUGGUCAGGAGGUACCAUUUUUGGUCCCUCCAUUCAAAUUGGCUUAUGUACAGCCGAAGAAACUUCCUAGCAUCUCACAUUCUGGAGGAAUCCAAGAAUCUGCCAGAGCCUCCUUUGGUGACCGGAAAGCAGAACUGCACAGCCUGUACCAGUGGCCCCACUAUGACGUGUACAACCCUUUCUAUUUGGAGCAUCGGGUUUCGCCAGAUCUGAUGAGGCGCUGCCAAGCAAAAUCAGUCAAUAGGAAAUUAUAUGGAUCAGUUAGUGAUUUAAGACCUAGUACCUUGCCUGGAUCAUUUGAUGUAAGUCGUUCAAUGUUUGAUCUCAGAAGCCCACCUCAUCGAUUCAUGAAGAGAUAUGAUUCAGUCUCCAGUGUACCUAGCAGUACCUCUUCCAGGAAGGAUUCACAGGGCAGUAACAGGAGUCUGGAUACUAUUACAUUAUCCGGUGAUGAACGAGACUUUGGAAGACUGAAUGUGAAAUUGUGUUAUGUUCCUUCUGUAGAACAGAUUUGGAUCACAGUUUUACAUUGCAAAGACCUGAGCUGGCCUUCUAGCUGUGGGGAAAACCCACGGAUCUGCGUCAAGGGAAUUCUUACACUGCCCAAACCAGUGCAGUUCAAAUCUUCUCCCAAGGAAGGGUGCAAUGACAUUGAAUUUAUGGAAACUUUUGUAUUUGCUAUUAAACUGCAAAGCCUGCAAGCUGUCAGAUUGGUAUUUAAAAUCCAGACACAGACUCCCAGGAAAAAAACAAUUGGAGAGUGCUCCUUGGCACUGCGGGAGCUCAGCUCAGAGGAGUCAAAUCAUUGGCUGGAUAUAUCUCCUCCUUCCAAAGCACCUGUGUGCCGUGCAGAACUUCAAGUAGGAACUUGUUUUCAAGCAAUAAACAGAAGGAUUCAGUUACAGAUUCUUGAAGCACAGAACCUUCCAGUUUCAUCUACACCGCUGUCUUCAAAUUUCUUUGUGAAAGUUGGAAUGUUUAGUACAGAAGGGCUGAUCUAUAAGAAGAAGACUCAUCUUCUGAAGUCCACUAACGGCCAAGUGAAGUGGGGAGAAAUGAUGAUUUUUCCAGUUAGCCAAAUUGAACAAGGAAUUAGCUUUCUCAUCAAGCUCUACAGCAGAAGUUCAGUGAGAAGAAAACACUUCAUAGGACAGAUCUGGAUAAGUUCCAAUAGCAGUAACAGUGAAGCAGUGGAGCAGUGGAAAGAUACUAUUGCCAACCCUGAAAAAGUUGUUGUUAAAUGGUACAGAAUCGGUCCAUCUUGAAGUCUGGAAGUGAAACUCAGGACUGAUUUUUCUACAAAGAUGCUCCUACACUGUUUAAAUAGACAAUAUUUUUCCUUUUAUUUAUACUGUAUGAGUUCUUCAGAAGGUCUCCACUGCAUCACACCUCCAUGGUAACUGGGAAAAUUCAGUUUCACAGAGAAAUACUGGCUAAAUAUUAUCAAAAGGAGGACCUAGGAACUGGGAAAAGUGCUAAUUCAAUUUUUAAAAAAUCCACUGUGGAAAAAAAUAUUUUUGCCCCUUUCCAUAAGAGCACAGAAGUCCCAUCUUGGAGAGAAGCAUCUUCCUCAGUAGUCACUAAUGUCCUUAUCUGCAGUCUUCUCUUUAGCAGACUCCAAAGUCCGUGGGAAUCAGUCUGGUCAGUGGCUUAUUCCUAGGUAUCUCAGAACCUCUGGGGUUGCACCCAUCUUGACACUAUUUGAUCUAAAUACCUUCUGCCUCAGCAAGUGGUAAAGCUGUGGCUGUACGCAGAGGCAAAUAGGGAACUAUGCAAUGAAGCAAUACCCAAAGGCUCUUCUAACCUCCAUCUUUGAUGAAUGGUCGUUGAGUACCCUGAUGUGCCCGUGAUCUUUGCAGGUGGGGCCCUCCAGACUCGCUGUUUGGGUGAAUUCUGGUUGGAAUAAAUGGAAUAAUACAAAGAGCCAACAGCCCUGCCCAGGAUCAGGGCCAAUAUUUUUAGAUAAAUUACUUUAUUAUAUAGAAAUCUUAUACAUAAACCACUUCCUAUCUAAUCAACAAGUGUUCUAGCAUUUGCUUACAUUGCUAAAAGCCAAACUAACAUGUAAAAGAGUAAGCAAAUAUUUACUGAUACAAGUGCUUUUUAAUAUUAAUUAAAAUGCAGUAUAUUAAGGGACUCAGACUUUGUUUAAAAGAUGGGCCACUACUGCAGAAGUAUUUGUUACAUGUUGAGGAUGCUGAAAAAUUAUGUGUGGGAUUGUAUUUUUGUUACUUGUUUCUAGCAAGAACUUAACAUAUUUUUAUUGCAAAUUAUAUUUUUCCUACAAAGUCCUAAGCUUAUUUUUUCUUGGUCCCCAUCUUUUCAGAGGUUUAUUCAUAGUUAUUUUUAAGGCAGGAAAAUGCCAUGUAUAUAAUUGAUAAUAUAUACAUCUAAAAGCCCAGACCUCUUUGCACUACUUUAACUACUGGUUUUAAUAUAUAUAUAUAUAUAUAUUCCAUUCCUGCUUACACAUUUACUGUUGGUUGUUUGGACCGUAUUAAUAGGUAUGUUCAUGUAUACACUGAAUAAUUUGUUAUCAUUUAUAACUUGGAUCCCAUUCAAACAUCUGCUGGAAGGCCAAGGAACAGGGGGGAGCAGAGAAAAGACUACCAGGAAAGCAGGUAGUAUUGAAGCAUAGAGCUUGAAGCAUUAUUGAUUUAACUUAUUUUGACUUUGAGUAAGGGUCAAGAAAAAAUGGAAUCUCUUGGAUUUAUUUUUUUAUCAGCUGUUAAUUGAAGCUUUUAAAACUUCAACUAUCCAGAUUUUUAAUGUUUUCAAAAUGGGCAAACAAAAGGAUAUUCCCAGGCUCUCGCAUGCUCCGCUUCUUGACCAGUUUUUAUAAAAGAACUGAAAAAGUUUUUGCAUGUUACUCAGAGAACAAAGAUCAGUUCUUGCUCUUGCUGACAUUCUGUGUAAAGCUCCCAGUAGGUCCAGUGGAUCUUGACUGACAGUGUUAACUUCCAGCCCAUUAACUUCUAUCCCCACUUGAGAAGAGCCUGGCCUGUUGGGUAAAAUUUAAAAAAGGAACUGGACCAAGCUGAUAUUUUUGGACUACCUUUACUUGACCUUGUGGAUCUUUUUUAUUUAUUGUGGCUGAUCUGCAGUAAACAAAAAUGCAGACUAACUGUUUUCUUAAGCAGAAUGCUGCUCUAUUUGAAAGAGAGGACAGGAAAUAUCCCAGUGGUUUAGAGGCUUCAGUUAUGAUGGAAUUGGUUCUACAGAGAUUGCCAACGCAGUGGAUAUUGCGUAAAAUGGACUUUUGGGGCUAUUUUAGGACAUCUAGCAUUUUAAAGGCCUAAAUAAUGUCUCUUUAUUCCUAUGUUAAUAUUUAAUCUAUGUGUUUAUAAUAAAAGCUAUGAUCAGAAAA